AUGGCGAGCAGGAGCUUCAACGCGGUGAUUGUUGCCGCGGCUUUUAUUUUAUUGCUGUUUUCGUGUUUGGAAACCGCGUCUGGGAAUUGGACAUUUUUAUACGCGGACGAGAUUCGCGGGCUGAGCGAACUGCCGAUGGCCGAACUGAUCCGAAUAAAGUCCUCCUUCGUGGGCGAGAAAGAUUUCAUCGAGGAUGACGAAGAGUCUGUCGAGGCGUCCAGCAGAACGUUGUCCCUGUCUCUGCCGAUGGCUCUCCCUUUGAAGGGCGCGAAUAAAAAGCCAAUGAGACGAUACGAGGAGCAUUACGAGGAGAAGGGAAAGGACACGAAGAUCUCGAAAAUUUUCCAGCUGGCGGUCACCGCGCUCUCCUUCCUGGCCUUUGGCGGCUAUUUGAUGACGCUCAUAAUAACGGCUAUUCGUCGAAACUCGAACAACGGGAACAACGGGAACGUUAUCGUGCUCUCGAAUUUGCAAGGUCUGCAACCCUACAAUCGCCCCAAGAGAAACGUCCUGAUCUACGAUCCAGCGGAGAACGACUUCGAGAUCGAGAAGCUCUAUCAGGGAAUGAUCAUGCUCUCGCGAUCCUACGCGAUGUACAAUUAA